AUGCUCGUCGUCGUCAUCGCCCUCGGUCCCAGCUUAUCUCCGGAGCUCAAUACCGUCAUGCACACGUUUUUGUCAAGGUCCAGCGGCCUGCUGGGUAUAUUCGCAAAAGGGAUGGUGGGGGUUGGAGGUCAAGAGACGAAAGCCCAGCUUCAAGGUCCGCUCGACGCGACGCGACGAAAUUACGUCAUAGAUCAGGUCUCGGCGUCAAACGAGUCCGUCACAAAAGUGGCUUCCAGGCAAGGGCACGACGCCGUGAACACCGCAGGCUGCAACCAACAACUCGUGCAAAAUCCAGACAUACUAAACGAGGAUAUGGAAGUUUGUAAUAUGAGCUCAAUCAAGGAUGAUCGAUCGAUGCAGCCUCAGCCUCAAGCUACGCUGUCCAGUUCUACCUCACUCAACCAUCACGACGACCGGUCAAUCAAAAUGUCGGGGCCAAGAGCUCCCGAAAAAAACUCGAUCUGCUAA